AGGCGAUCCGCCAUGAAAAGAAAGAAGAAGAAGUUCUUCCUUUCCUGUCGGCCAUUUCGUCUAGGUGUUGUCGACCGGCUGCCCCUCCAUCGAACAUGCAGAACGACGCAGGAGAAUUUGUGGACCUCUACGUCCCUCGCAAAUGCUCGGCGAGCAACAGAAUCAUUGGAGCCAAAGACCACGCUUCCAUCCAGCUCAACAUUGCUGAGGUUGACAAGGUGACUGGUCGCUUCAAUGGUCAGUUCAAGACCUACGCUAUCUGUGGACCAAUUCGACGGAUGGGAGAAGCUGAUGACUCCAUCCUGAGGUUGGCCAAGAACGACGGUGUUGUUGCAAAGAACUUCUGAGGAUCAAAUUUGUUAAAUAAAAUGGAUUAAAAAAAUAAGCAUAAUGUUGUCUUUAUUUUGAAAUUUGCAAUAAAAUAUGUCCGCUGAAAUUAAA